GGGCAGUGUGAGCGCGCACGGGGACGCGCGGGGAGUUUUGGGCGCACCUGGCGGAGUCACCUGAGGAGGAGUAGAGAGGAGAGAUGGCGGCGGAGAGGGGCUGGGUGACCGUCCUGUGUGUGUUCUACAUGGCAGGAUGCAUCAGUGGAAUGACAGUGACUGUAAAGAAUCCUUUCAAUGUGGUGGUCUUGUUCCAGCCGGUCACUCUGCAGUGCAACUACCAGACCUCAUCUCAGCAGCCUCCCCUCGUAACCUGGAAGUACAAAUCCUUCUGCAGGGAUCGCAUCGCUGAUGCUUUCAACCCAACCAGCCAGGACACCCAGAUCAAUAGUCAGCUGCAGGCCGCCAACCCCGGGUACAAUCCGUACGUGGAGUGCCAGGAUAGCUCCCGUACAGUCCGCAUGGUGGCCAGCAAGCAAGGCAACGCAGUCACUCUGGGCGACUUCUACCAGGGACGUAAAAUCACUAUUAACAACAAUGCAGAUCUCAGUAUUGAACAGACGGCAUGGGGAGAUGGCGGCGUUUACUAUUGCACCGUGUUCUCUGGUCAGGAUUUGUCGGGGAAUAAUGAGGCUUACGCUGAACUGCUGGUAUUGGGUAAAACCUCAGCGGUCUCUGAACUGUUACCAGACUUUCAGAUAGAUAACAUGGAAGAUUGGCUGUUUGUCGUGCUUAUUAUCCUUGCUGGCUUCUUCGUCUUCAUGAUGAUUGCCAUCUGCUGGUGCCAGUGCUGCCCACACACCUGCUGCUGCUAUGUGAGCUGCCCCUGCUGUCCUGAGAAGUGCUGCUGCCCCAGAGCAUUGUAUGAGGCAGGGAAGGCAGCAACAGCGGGAGUGCCUAGCAUGUACGCCCCCAGUGUGUACGCGCCUUCCAUGUACUCCCAUCCCAGCCAGAUGAAAGUUCCUCCACCCGGAUCCGUCAUCCAGAUGGGACCAAUGCAGCCCAUGUACAACGGCUACGGAAUGGACUUCGAUGCAGCAAGUUCUGUGGGCGGACACAGUUCCCAGGCUCCUCUGAUUCGAGACAACGAUGUACCAUCAAUGCGCAGUGGCUAUCGCAUACAGGCCAACCAACAGGAUGAUUCCAUGAGGGUCCUUUAUUACAUGGAGAAGGAGCUGGCAAAUUUCGACCCAACCAGACCAGGACCUGGCAGUAGAUUUGAAAAUGCUACAAUGAUGAGUGAAGUGAGCUCCUUACAUGAGGAGGAUCAGAGGAACAAUCUCAGGAACGGUAUGGAUCGCUUGCGCAACCAAGGAAUGUCUCCCAUCCGGGAUAUGGAGGAGGAAAGCCUCAUGGGAAGUGAUUACCGCCGCCCUCCGAUCCCUCGUCAGCCCCCUUAUGAUGAUAGACCCCGUCAUGCCCCACCAAUGGAGAGACGCGGCCGCACACGCUCUGUAGACGACCUGGAUGAAUUUAACAGGCGAGACCGACCCUACCGCGAUUCUCCCCCCGAGGGGCGAAGCCGAGGAAGACGCAAUUCCGACGACGAGAACAGCAGCCGAGGAUAUAGCCGCAGUAAGGACGGGCGCUCUCCUGAUCCCCGUGACGAUUACUAUGGCGGUAAAAGAAGCCGCAGCAGAGAUGACCUCCAAGAAGUGGGCCGCCACCGUAAAGACCCAGCGUACGACGAUCGGUUCCUUGAUGAGGUUUUGCGCAAGAAGCAGCAGAAAGCCGGCAGCCGCGAUGGUCUAGACAGCAUUCCUAAUUCUUCCCGCUCAGAUGGCAGAAAGAACCGCCAUGACGAUGAUGAUUUUCCACCGCCACCUCCUCCGUAUACAGAAACCGAAUCGGUCUCCUCUCGAGGGAAGAAGAUGAAAAGGGGUGAAGCUCUGAGUCGAGAGAGUUUGAUUGUUUGAGCCCAGAACCAACAAAUAUGGACCAAACCCUUCCGUUUGACAAGUGACCUAAUUUUAUUUUUUUUCUCUAAUCAUUCUGUCCUCGACUGGGGAUUUUUUUUAUUUUAUUUUUUAAAUCGUGUGAAUAUAAAGAUUUGAUUUACUCAGUGUAAAAUAGUUUAAAAGUGGAAAAAAAAAAUCUUUGUUACAAGAGACUAUUCUAAUGCUGGAGAUUUAGGAUUCGUUCACACAUGAGGAUGGGAGGAUGUAAACCCCUCCCUGAUUGAGCCACAGCUCUACAGUUAUCCCUUUAGCUGCCGAGGGGUAUACACAUGUUUCAAGAACUAUACACCCCUGUCGCUUUCAAGUGAAUGGGACCGGUUCUGUAAGUUCCCUGCAUGCGGUCGCAGCACGCCAGUGUGGGCUUUUAGGGGUUAAAGCAGAUGGUGAGGAGGCAAUUUAACACCACCUCACUGCCUAUCAAAUGCUCACGGAAUCGGAUCACUCUUCAGAGAGCAAUGCACAUGUGAACGAGCCUUUAGGGUUGAUUUUUUAUAUAUAUAUCUUUUUUUUUUUCACUGGCCUUGUAAAUAGUGUUUUUUUUUUUUUUU